AUGCAUCUGCUGUCGCUGAAUUCUCAUGCCUCUCUCGUGCUCCUCUGUGCCCUCCCGUACUCCUCUUUCCCCUCCCGUACUCCUCUUUCCCCUCCCGUUCUCCUCUUUCCCCUCCCGUACUCCUCUUUCCCCUCCCGUACUCCUCUUUCCCCUCCCGUACUCCUCUUUCCCCUCCCGUACUCCUCUUUCCCCUCCCGUACUCCUCUUUCCCCUCCCGUACUCCUCUUUCCCCUCCCGUACUCCUCUUUCCCCUCCCGUACUCCUCUUUCCCCUCCCGUACUCCUCUUUCCCCUCCCGUACUCCUCUUUCCCCUCCCGUACUCCUCUUUCCCCUCCCGUACUCCUCUUUUCCCUCCCGUACUCCUCUUUCCCCUCCCGUACUCCUCUUUCCCCUCCCGUACUCUGCUGCACGUCCUAUGUGCCCAUCCCGUGCCCCAUCGUGUUCCAGGUGGGAACCAAGGACCCAGAGCUAGUGGCGGUGUGGAUGCAAGCCAUUCGGGAGACAAUAGAACAUAACGUGGCGCCCACAAUCAGAAUGCCGUUGACCCGCCCCACCAGCACCAACAGCCUAUCAGACGAGGAGGAGGGAGAAACGCCACCGCACCCCAACAUGAUGACCUCCUGCCGUGAUUCCAUGGACAGCAGUGAGCCUUUUGAUGGGGAUGGGGAUGAGAUGGCACGAGAUGACUUGCCAACACCGCAGCGACUUCUGCUCGAUAGAAGAGGCUCCAUUGGCUUCGGUAGUGCGGUGCAGUGCGGGCCUCCUAUGGAGUUGGGUGGCAUGCUCGAGGCCAUGGUGGCAAUGCGCAGUGCGUCAACGGCGUCAGGCAUCGCAUCCGACGGCUCCUGGCGCCUCAUCAAGCUAUCCAACGGGCUGCGUUUCUUUGAGGAGUUGAACGAGGAGCGCGGGCAGGCGGGCAUGUGUGGCAGCCUGCCGUGUCUGAGCGCCGUGGGAACGGUGGACGCCCCCAGCGAUGCCGUCUUUCGACUCGUGCUCGACCUCUCCUCCUCGCGCAACGAGUGGGACGUGGCAUAUGGUGGCGCACGCAUGGUGGAAGCUCAGGAUGGUCACACAGACUGCAUUCACUACCGCUUCCGACCGCUCCCAGUCGGCUUCGGCCCCUUCACCCUCACAGCGCGCGACGUGUGCCUGCGGCGCUACUGGCAGCGCACGGCCGACGGGUGCUACGUGGUGCUCUAUCAGUCCAUGGAGCACCCCCUAUGCCCGCCUGUCAUGGGCUGCGUUCGCGCCAAUCUCACCUACGGAGGGUUUAUCAUCGCCCCAGCGGGGCCGUCGGCGAUCGGACGGUCGGUAGUGAUGCACGUGUUGCAGAUGGAUGCAAAGGGGUUGCUGCCGAUGUGCAGCGGUGUUGCGACCGAAGUGCAUUUCUACCUGCUGUCGAGAGUUGCAGGCAUUCGGGAGUUUUUCGCGCAGACGAGGGGGGACUCGCUGGCUGCGCUGCUGGGUCUGAGGGACACGCAGCAGGCUACAGCUGCUGCUACAGCCGCGGCUGUAGCGGCUGCAGAAGGGAGGGAGCUUGGAGGGGGUGGGAGGAAGGGCAGCAGGCGGGAUCGGGAGGACGGGCGGAUCGGGCCGAUACCAGAAGGGGGAGGGGAGGGGUUUGAUGAGGUGGAGGGGCUAGGUUCCCGACCCUCCACCGGGUCUCGACUAGCUGGUUCGGCAAGGGCGGCAGGUUCGGUAGACCCUUGGGCAUGGGCGUACAAGACGGGGAACCUGGCCCGGGGGUCGCCGAUGGGGGGGAUUAACUGCUGGAGCGAGGCGGAGGUUCGGAACUUUACAGUGCGGUCGAAGAGCUAUUUGAGGGAUAAGAUGAAGCAGAGUGCGGGGCAGCCGGGGAUGGCACUGGUGGCUGUGGAUUGGCUGAAGCGCGUUGAGAGGAUUGAUCAUGUGGUGGAGCUCAAGCGCACCCCCGUGCAUGGAAUGCGCGAGCUGAUGGCCAGCAGUGACGCCUCGUCGCGGCCGUACUUUUUCAUUGUGAAUAUGCAGGUGCCAGCAGCGCAGCAGUACAGCAUGGUGUUCUACUGGGCCAUGGAGGAGCCGCCCACAGAUUCAUCCAUGCUGGGGCAGUUCAUCAACGGGGACGACAUCUUCCGCAACUCACGCUUCAAGCUCAUUCCCCGCAUCCACCAGGGCGCAUGGGUGGUGAAGAGGAGUGUGGGGACGACACCUCUCAUCAUUGCUGGAGCUCUCACCGUGCAGUACUUCAAAGGACCCGACUACUUUGAGGUGGAUGUGGAUAUUGGGUCAUCAGCUGUGGCCAAUGGGGUGGUGAGAUUCGUGCUAGGAUACGUCCGUACACUCAUCAUCGACAUGGCAUUCUUAAUCCAGUACGGACUGCGCCCGGACCGCUCCACUGUUGGCCGCAUUCUGAAGAACGCCGAGCGCUGGGCUGUCGUGGCGACUGACGACAACCAAGUGCGCCGACGAGGAGGCGCAUGGCCUGAGCUGGAGCAGGCCAUCGCACGUUGGAUUGCAAACGCCGGGCCCGCUGGUGUCCCUCUAACGCUGCAGACAAUCCGCGACCAUGUCGCCACCAUGGCGCGGAACAUGGGCAUUCCGCCCAUGUUCCGCUGCUCUAUCGGCUGGGUGCGCCGUGCGUUGCGGCGCCAGAGUGUGAGGUGCCGUGCAGCAGCUGGCGAGGCGGCCAGCGCGGACAUGGCCGCCGUGCGCGACGCACGGGAGAAGCUGCCUCAACUCCUCACUCACCUCGGCCUCGGCCCGCGCGACACGUUCAACCUGGACGAGACUGCGCUCUGGUUGUCCGUGCUGCCGAGGCGGACGUACAGCGACGGCCGCAUUCCUGGGCGCAAAGUGUCUAAGGAGCGUCUGACCGUGGCGUUCCUCGUCAAUGCUGACGGGAGCCACGCCUUCCGCCCCCUGGUCAUCAGCAAGGCGAAGCGCCCGCACGACUUCCGCUCGGAUUACGACCCCGAAGCCCUCUGCUACUGGCGUCACAAUGCCAAGGGUUGGAUGACAGCCCUGCUUACCACGCACUAUCCCCUUCCUUCCCUUCCCCUCCAACAGCUGUUCACCCAUUUCAUUUCGCAGCUCAAUGCUGCAAUGUAUGCGGAAGGAUGCCAAAUCGUCGUUUUGCUUGACAACGCGAGCUCGCACAUGCUGCGGAGCAAGCUCGCGUGGAGCGAGAUCAUUUGUGGCAUGCGGACGACUUGCCUGAGAAACGUCCGGCUCGUCUUCCUGCCGCCGAACACCACUGCCUUCACCCAGCCCCUUGACCAGGGCAUCAUCGCCACCGCAAAAGCCCGCUACCGCCAGCACUGGCUGCGGGCCUUCACGGCCUUGUGGAACGAUGACGGCGCGACGAGCGCUGUCGUGCGGUACCGCCCGAACCUGCGCGACGUGUUGGGGUGGCUGUCGGAAGCGUGGACGAGCGUCGGUGCGCGCACCAUCCAGCGGUGCUGGUGGCGCACGGGAUGUCUCCCGCUGUCUUGGAGCCUGGAGUUGACCCACGUUCACGACGACGAGCCCACCCCGCCCGUCUACCCCGACAUCGAGCUCGAUGACGACAUAGACGACGUCGGCACGCUGAUAAGUGCGCUCGGGCUCGGGCAUGGCGCGAUGACCGCCGCCGAGUACGUCACCAUCGACGACGGUGAGCCAACGUGCGCGGAAGGUGCGGCAGAGCAGACGACGAUGGAGCCGGAAGCGGGCCUGGUGGCAGAGCUCUGGCGGGCGCCAACCACCAUGCCGGCCGUGUACGACGAUGCGGACCCCGUGGGUCGUGAAGCGCGGCGCACUGCCCGGGCGGCCUGCGAGAUGCUCAUCGGCUACGCUCGCGCCACAUGCAUCACGCCGCGCGACCUCUGCCACCUCUUCGAUAUCCGCAACCCCCUUAUUCUCGCGCGGAUGGAGCGGGCAAGCCCAGCCAUCAAUCUCAACGUGGCCCCGCCGCCCGUGCUUACCUCGGGCGCAACACCCACGCCCGACACCCCGCGUCCGCGCGGCCGUGUGCUGCCUGGCUGGAUGACCCAGCCGUCCCGCCGUCAGCAGCUGCUGGACGCUGGUGUUGGCGCCGUGAUGGACGGGUAUGUUGACUCGGCUGAAUGGAUGCGCCUCUGA